CUAAUAUGGGAAUCAACAAAAGUUUUGUCCAAAUACUCCCAUAAUCCAAGCAAAUCAUCAGCAAUUAGCCAAAAACAAUCCAUUACUGAGCAAUUCGUUAAUGCGCUAAAUUAGUAGGCGUCUUGAAGCCCCUGUCAGCAAAGCCAGUUUCAGUUAUUAAUCACUAAUGUAGUUAUUAAAUAACGCUAAAUACGAUGUCGCACGUGUACGACAACAUUCCAUUAAAACCCUUUAAACGGGACAAACUGGCCGUCGAGCAGAAAAGUUCCUCGAGAAUAUCGACGAUCCAGAACAAUCUGAAGCAGGAGGAUGAAAAGAAGAGAAAAGGUUCGGCGGAUUUUCUGAAGAGCUGCAGCGCCCAAGUGCAGAAGAAAACCAAAUCGAAGAGCAUUUCCGAGAUGUUUUUCAAAGGUCAAAAUGGAGUUUCUUCCGAAGAUUUUGGCAGCAAUGACACGAUCUGCGCGGAGAAAAGCGACGAAGAUCUGAAGAAAACGACAACGAUUCAUUCGACUCCCACUUCCACUUUGGAUGAUGGUUACGAGUCUUCCAACAGCACUCCAUUGGUAUCAGGCAAAGGACGAACGAAACUAAGCAAUGCAUCCUCCAGCCUCAUAAUCCCAUGUACAUUAAGGAAAAAAGAUCUGCACGUUCAACUGGAGGAGGAUGAGCAUGAGUCCUUCGUCCUGUCUCCCACUUCAAGUCAAGCAGGUGAAGUGGAUCCGGACUCCUUCACUGCAGACGAUAACAGGGAAACGUGGGGCUCAAACACAGAUUUCCUGCUCUCCAUUAUAGGAUUCGCGGUCGAUCUGGCUAACAUCUGGAGGUUUCCCUAUUUGUGCUAUAAAAAUGGAGGAGGUGCAUUUUUGAUACCCUAUACGCUUAUGUUAGUGUUCGGUGCCGUGCCACUUUUUUAUAUGGAAUUAAUCUUAGGCCAAUUUAAUAGACAAGGACCAAUUAGCCUAUGGAGGAUAUGCCCACUUUUCAAAGGAGUGGGAUUCUGUGCAGUUUUAGUCGCAUUCUACGUUUCGUUUUAUUACAAUGUGAUCUUAGCCUGGGCCCUCUACUACUUGGGAUCGAGCAUAUCAGCCGAACUCCCCUGGAUGCACUGCAACAACUCCUGGAACACUGAGCAAUGUUGGGAGCUGAGGUCGCUCAAUGAAACCAACAGGUCCAUGAGUUUGGUGCUAAACGAGACUCUGAAAAACAGCAAACACACUCCGGCUUUUGAGUUUUUCCAUCGUGCGGUACUGGAAAUGCAAUGGAGCGACGGGCUGCACGAAAUGGGUUAUCCAAAGUGGCAGCUGGUGGUCUGUCUGAUCCUCAUCUACUGCCUCCUUUAUGUGUCGUUGUUCAAGGGAGUGAAGUCUUCCGGAAAAGUCGUCUGGGUAACAGCCACCAUGCCUUAUGUGGUUCUCAGCAUCCUACUGGUCAGAGGGUUGAUGCUUCCAGGGGCUUUAGGCGGGAUUUCCUACUAUCUUCAGCCGGAACUUUCAAAGCUGAAAGAAACUCAGGUUUGGGUGGAUGCAGCCGUUCAAAUAUUCUACUCGGUUGGGGCGGGCUUUGGAGUGCAUCUCUCUUAUGCCAGCUACAACACCUUCCAUAACAAUUGCUACAGAGAUUGCAUAAUUACAACAGUUGUAAACUGUUUCACAAGUUUCUUCUCUGGGUUCGUCAUAUUCACCUACUUGGGCUACAUGUCCCAUAAGCAAGGAGUCGAUAUUAAAUACGUGGCGACCGAAGGUCCAGGACUAGUGUUCCAAGUCUAUCCGGAGGCGGUGGCCACUUUGCCUGGAUCCCAUUUGUGGUCGGUGCUCUUCUUUUUCAUGUUGAUCAUGUUGGGAGUGGACUCAGCGAUGGGAGGGUUGGAAUGCGUCAUCACCGGUUUAAUGGACGAGUUCUCCAGCUUCUUCAGACAGAGGAAAUACGCCAGGGAGAUCUUCACGUUGAUUGUGAUCUUGACCUCUUUCUCCGUGGCGCUGAUCAAUGUGACCCCAGGAGGAAUCUACAUGUUUCACUUAUUCGACACUUACUCUGCAGGAAUAUCACUGCUGUGCUCUGCUCUGUUUGAAGCCAUUGCAGUGUCCUGGUUCUACGGCUUGGAUAGAUUAACACAGGACGUUGAAGCUAUGCUAGGCAUGAAGCCAGGCAUCUACUGGCGGGUUUGCUGGAAGUUCAUCAGUCCGAGCUUCAUUGUGUGCGUUGUUAUGUUUGGGUUGUUGUACCAUCAGCCACUGGUUUACAACGAUUAUUCUUAUCCCAACUGGGCGGAAUGGGUCGGCUGGUCGCUUGCCCUCAGUUCCAUAAUGAUGAUUCCUUUAGGAGCGAUUAUCCAGCUGUGCAAAACUCCUGGAUCUUUUAAGGAGAGAGUGGCUCUCUCAAUAUCGCCGGUUGAAGAGCACGAGGAAAUCAGGAGGAGCAAGCUGGUGAGACGGUUUAGAGCCAAACAUUGGUUCUACAUUUAAGCGAGUAGGUUAAUUAUUGCAGGUCGUUUUUGUGCGUUGUUCUAGUCAGGUAUUUUCUUGUUGUUGUUGAGUAAAGUAGUUGGAAAAUGAUUUUUGAUUAACCUAAGUAUUUAGAUCGACAGUGUAAUAACGUGUAUAGUAAAACUGAAUUUUUAUAAAAUCACAAAUACGUAUCGG